AUGAGGUCUGGGAAAACUCAGCUUGCACAUGCCCUGUGUGUUUCUGCUCAGGUUGUUGCUUACUCACAUGAGAGGGGGAAUGGCGAGGCAGCUUAUGUCGACACAGAUGGAACUUUUUGCCCUGACCGUAUUGUACCAAUAGCUGAGAGAUUUGGUAUGGAUCCUGGUGCAGUCCUAAAUAAAAUCAUUUAUGCCCGUGCCUCUACUUCUGAGCAUCAGUACAACUUGCUUCUCAGUUUGGCUGCCAAAAUGUCUGAAGAACCAUUUAGGUUCCUGAUUGUGGAUUCAGUGAUCGCUCUCUUUCGAGUGGAAUAUAAUGGAAGGGGAGAACUUGCAGGGCGUCAGCAAAAAUUGGCACAAAUGCUCUCACGCUUACUUAAGAUAGCCAAGGAAUUUAAUGUGGCAGUGUACAUGACCAAUCAAGUCGUAGAUGAUCUAGGCGGUGCUGUGUUCAUAUCAGACCCAAAGAAACCUGCGGGUGGGGAUGUUCUGGCUCAUUUAGCCACAAUUAGGUUGAUAUUUAGGAAAGGCAAAGGUGAGCAGCGCGUCUGCAAGGUGUUUAAGGCCCCAAACCUACCGAAAGCUGAAGCUAAGUCGAUACUGAGUCUACAUAUAGAUAGGUGGAGACCUGAUUUAAGCACGGUGCUCACAGUAUACUUGAUGGUGUAUGGAGAUCCAUGAACACGUUGAAUACAAAUUUUGUGCAGAGUAAUUAAACAAAAAGAAGUGGAUAUCCAGAAUUUUUUUAAGCAGGACUAGUAGGUUAGUUGUGCAGCCUGUGCUAUGUA